AUGACGAAGAGUAGAAAAAAAAGAAGUGGGUUAGGUGAAAACGCCCUCUCAUGCAUUCAUUCAUUUCCAACGUCUCUCUCCCAACUCACAACAAAGAAAACAGAAAGGACGAUCACUGAUACCAACCCCAAUCCCCUCUCUCCCAAUUUUGAUUUCGUUAUCCAGUAUUCACCAUGCAUAUAUGCAUCCAACCCAGAUAAAAAAAACCCCAUUAAACCCCAUCAACCUGUAGAGAGACCUUCCUCCUCCUCCUCCAGUAUGCCUAUCUCCACCCUCAGAUCAUACCAUAAUGGCUUAAUGAUGAUGGAGACAGAACUUCACAGCCUAGAAGAAACCCUACCUGCUGCAGUAUCAAAACUAAAGAGACAUUCUUCCAUCAUCAGGGAUGGCGAGGAAAGUGAUGCACUGGUAAAGUACACAAGUUUGAAAGAUGUGAUUCUCAACUCGCCAAGAUAUAAUUCGUACGAGGGAAAUGCUUUCGAUUCGACCAACAUUUCGAUACGGAACCAACUGGUAAAGCAUGCAGCCUCCGCCUACCUCCAGUCAGCUGCAGUUCUCUCCAGCCGAAACCAGAACUGCUUGGUUCGUAUGUGGAGGAGAGUGAAGAACAAUGCUACAUUGCGUUCAUGCUGGUUCGUCUACGUUAGGAACCCCUUGGGAGCUUGUUUCCAGCCGAUAUGUCGGUUUCUUGGUUGGACGAUACAUGAAAUUGGAAGGUUUUGGACUAGGAGGAUCACCAUAGCCUGAGACUACGUACUACUGUGAACAUGCAAUCGAUGGAGUUAAUUCUUUCCAAGCUACGUAUGCAUUCAUUUUAUCAUUUUCUCGUCUUUUUUUUUUUUGUCUUCUAAAAUGAUCAUGUAAUAAACAUGUAUGAUCAAUUUCAAUUAUUGAUUGUAAUUAUAUUAUUCCCUCCGAUUGCAAUUGUAAUUAUGUACUCGGCGUUUGGGGCAAAACCUAUUGUAAGAUUUCCAGGUUUAAAUGCAAAGCACUGUAAU